CUGAGGCGGUACGAAGGGGAGUGGUUGCUAGGUUACCGUCGGACAGCCGCAGUGUGUAGUUUUCCUGGGGACAGCUUCAAGGUGGAGAACCGGAGGGUUGAGGAGACGACGCACUCACUGUACACAGAGACAGUGAUCCACAGAUUGAAUCACAAUGCCGAAGAAGGGAUCUAAAAAAAUGACCAAAAUGACCGAGGAGGAGCAACUGCUGUACAUGCAGCAGAAAAUGCUGGAAGAGGAAGAGAUGCAAAAAAAGAAAGAGGAUAUGCUGAAUCAAUUCUUAAAGGAUAAACUGUCUAAGGAAGAGCACAACACCCGUCUCAACACGCUGAAGCUAAAUGAAAAGUGGCGCACCGUGAUGCGGGAGGCAAAAGCUGCAGAACUCAGGAAGGACAUUGAGAUCCUGAGCCAAACCUUUGAAAGAAUUGUAGACCGGAAAGACGGUGUCAUCAGAGCUUUAACAAAAGAUUUGGAAGAGGCAGAGGAACAGUACGCAACAGCCCUGCGGAACCAUAUUCAGAACGUGGAUAAGCUGGUGGAUUUGCAACGCAGUCGACUUAUUGUAAUAGAGAGUGAGUUUGAGGCAGAGUUGGCGUCACUGAAAGAAGAGUUCGAUGCCGAGAGACAGCAAAUGAUUGAGCAGCAUGAGCAAGAGAUGACCAAUCUGGAGGAUAUCAUGUACGCCAUGGACCAGAUCUUUGGAGAAGUCGCAAACGAAGCGCGACAAGAAUUCAACAGUACCAGGGAUGACCUCAAAAACAAGAGUCUGGAGGAGAAACAUUCACUCCGAGUUAAUCUGGAAGGAUUAGUGGAAGAUUUGUGGCUGCAGUUUCAACAUGCAUUGAAGAACUAUAUCGACUCAACCGAGGAUCGAAAAAUUGCAUUUGAAACUCUGAAAGCACGAGAUGAGAAGAGUGCAAAAGAGAUUGAAAUGCAGAUGAAAAAGCUGCAGAAAAUGCAAGAUACAAUAGCAACACUGAAGGUCAAGAUAGCAGCUAAUUCGCGCAAGUGUGAAGCACAGAACAAAAAAUUACGGAAUGAAAAAGAAACAAUUAAGCAGCAUUUCCUGAUGCAGAAAAGCCAGAUGAAUUACCUCCGAGCUCGUGAGCACGAGCGACUCAUCAAACUAACCGUGGAGAGUAAUGCUGCCAUCAAAACACUGAAGGAUGUUUGUGAUAAGGGUGAGCACAUACUGAAGAUGGCAGAGAUGUGCAGGAAACUGGAAACAGAAGAAGAGAAGGUUCUCCCAUUCUAUGCCUCCUCUCUGACCCCGGAAGAAGAGAAUAAAGCUGAACAUUUGAUGCUGAUGAGGCCAUGUGAAGAACUUGCUGAGGCAAUGAUGGAUUGUGUGGCUCUGGAACAAUUCUGGAAGCGCUAUAAUAAGGUUCACUUGGACCAGAUUGUUUUGCAGAAAGAGAAACAUACCUUGCUGCAGGAGAACAGACGUCUCCGGCAACUCCUGAAACAGUACUUAGAUGGAAUCUCUGUCAAUGAGGAAAUCCUGUCAAACCUAAACCCUCUCAUCGUCAUCAACAAUAAAACAAAUGUGAAAAUGAAUAUGCCUGUGAUAGAAUCUGCAGCCUCAAAGCCGAUUUACAAUGUGAUUGAGGCUGCACACAUCAUUAAUCACACAGUCUAAUAAUCACUUAAAUUCAUGUGUUAAUGUCUUCUGUCUGUCUUUUACUUUACUGACCAGUGUCACUAAAUGAUAUUUUUUCCCCUAAUUAACUAAAUUAUCACGUGGGUAGCUAUUUAUCAUUCAAUAAAUAUAUAAAUCUGCAGCUGCACCAACCAGUUAUCAAAUUCUCUGUACAAAUUUACUUUGCUACUGAAACAAAGUACAUUCUUCCAACAGUAAGUGUUGAUAUAUGGGGCGGGGGGGAGGAGGUGGAAAUGGUGUACUAAUUAUCUUGCUUCUCCUCUCAAUGUAACAAAACUACUGAGUGUCUAACAUUGUAGCUGAGUGAAUGCAAAUUAUUUGUUCGACCUGUUCCUAAUAGUUAAGAUAAAGAUUUUUUUUAAAUCUGAGGUUUAGAUAAGAAUUCUUAUUAUUGAAUGACAAAGUAUUAUAGCACAGAAAAGCCAUUUAGUCCAACAACUACACCCUACAGUUUUUGUGGCAUCCAUGUUUCUCCCUGUCCCCUCUUCAUCUCAUCCCAUCACCAUAUCCUUCUAUCCCGCCUCCCUCAUCUGGUAAUGAAGUUUCCCCUUAAAUGCAUGUAGUUGUUAGUUCUAUAUUCUCACCACGCACUGGGUAAGAUAAUUUCUCCAGAAUUCUCUAGGGCAUUGAUUCUAUUUCUGGCUUCUGGUUCUGACCUUAUCCAUGAGUGAAAACGCCUUCUCUAUGUCUACCCUAGCAAAUCCUUUGAGGGGAAUCCAGCAGCAAGAAAGUAAGUGUGCCUUUAGUUUUGACACUCAGCGAGGGCCAGUGGGUGUGAAGAAGGAAAAAGCAGUAGCUUUCAGAGGCCACUCUCUUAUCCAUGUUUCUGAUUGCUCCAGAUUGAAACAUCUCUCUUCCCCCAAAAUUGUGACAGACAGGCCACCCUGGUCUCCCAGUUGGGAAACAAAUCAGCUCUCUUACCUGCUCAGAUGACAAGUAAUUGUGGAGGUGGUCAAUGAAGCCCUUAAGAGGCCCUAAUUGACCACAUAAGGGCCUUAAUCAGUGACAGAGCAAGAAAUUCCCCAAUAAAUCUCUCCCAGGGCUUAAUUGGUGAGUAUCUCGACAAGGCCAACUUGUCUAAUUACUUUCCCUACCCUCCGCCUCCAAUAGGGGGAAAAUUAUCCCCAUACAUUUGCACAGACACUGCAAUAUAUUGAAUAAAGAACAACUACUUCAACUGCAAAAGCUCAAGAACUCCAUGAGCAGACAGUCUGCAUAUAUAUUACUUUCUGAAGGAGCCAUCUAGUUCAAUGAAUUGAUCUGAGUAACAUAUUAGAAUGGCAGUAUACUGCAGUCUUCCAAGCUUUAUCCGUGCAUACCAGCUCACUCACUCUAUUUUCUCAAAAUUUCCUUAGUUGCCACUAACAGAUCCAGUCAAGGCAGGCUAUCCACAUUUUCACCUGAAAGAGUUGUCUCUGCUGUUGCUGCUGCCACCAGUGGUAGGAUUUUCAUGUCUGGUCAGGAAUGUUUUGUUAGCAUAGGUGUUCUUGGUUUAAUAUUAGCUCUUCUGUUAUGUUGCAUUUAAGCUUGGAAAACUGCUCAGUUCUCAAGAAACAUUAGAGAAUAUUUGUGUGAUGGCUCAUCAGAAGUAGUUCUUUAGCUUGGGGUUUUCUAAGGCUGACAGGCACUACAGUUGCAAGUCUUUCCGUUCAUUUCUUGUAUAAACAUCUGUGAGACAGAAUUGAUAUAUUUGGAACGCUGUUAAAAAAUGAAAAAGAACUGCUUUUGGAACAGGUUAGGUCUGUGAUUUGCCAGGUCGGAUUGCUUGCAGAGGUGCAAUUCAGUGUAAGAUGUCUUCUCUGAUGAGAGGCUUGCAGGUCUGAAUUCCUGCCCAGAUUGUUUGUUCCAGAGUUAAAUUUUAACCCCUUUUUAAAAGGUAGAAUUUUCACAAAUUUCUCCUGUGGAAAAGAGUCACCCUUAUUGUCUUAAAGAUGGUAAGAACUGCCGAUGCUGGAGAAUCUGAUAUAACAAGGUGUAGAGCUGGAUGAACACAGCAUCAGGGGAGCAGGAAAGCUGACUUUUCGGGUCGGGACCCUUCUUCAGAAAAAGGGGAGGGGAAGGGGAUUCUGAAAUAAAUGGGGUUGGGGGGGGCAGUGAUAGCAGGUGGAUAGUGGAGCGGAUCGGUGGGAGAGAAGACGGACAGGUCAAGGAGGCGGGGAUGAAGCUAGUAAAGAUAAGUGUAGGUAGGUAGUGGUGGGGAUUGGCUUCAAAAUCUCCCUGCCCCCAACCUCAUCCCAAGACCAGCACCCCCACACUUGUCCCUGCCUCAUUGACGUACCUGUCUUUUCUCCCACCUAUCCGCUCCACUAUCCACCUGCUAUCACUGCACCCCACCUCUCUAUUUGUUUCAGAGCCCCAAUCCCCUCCCCCACUUCUGAAGAUGUGCCCAACCUGAAUUGUCAGCUUUCCUGCUCCUCUAAUGCUGCCUGGCCUGCUGUGUUCCUCCAGAUCCACACUGUGAUACCUUAUUGUCAUUGUGAAUCCACAAGCAGCAGGACGUCUGUCCUCACCCAGAAACCCUGAGCUAUUAUAAUUAAUUAUAUUGGUGAUUACAUGAAGCAACCUGUUGUUGAGUUCAGUAACUUGCUGGC